AAAUUUUUGACUCAUUCUCAGUAGUUUUCUCAUUGGACAUUGUUAACAAAUGUUAUGAUGGCUGUACUCAAAAUUUCAAUUUUAAUUUUCAUAUAUUCGAGCCUGAAGUUCCUUUAUUUAGUUCCUAAUGUGAUGGCUGGUGAUGCAGUAUGUCUAAAUUGCGAAAGUUUUCGAAAAUGUUCAGUUCCUGUCGGUUUUUUAUCGUACGCUGAUUUUGAAGAUGAACAUCGUGUAAUUGACAAAAGAGCAAGUGAUCCUGCUGACGAAGAAUUGGAUGAUUGUCUUAGCCCCAAAAAAAAAAUAUCUGGUAUUAUAAAAGGAGCUAUAUGCAGUGGUGGGACAGACGGUCUCUGUCGCCCGAUUAUUUCGAAAAGCAAUCUAGCGCAUGAUGAUACUAGUUGCCGUGGGUGCUGGGUAAAGUGCCCUUGCAAUGCUAAAUAUGAUAGAGCAGUAUGUUUAAAUUGCAAAGCUUUGAAAGACUGCAAAGUUCCCGCAGACUUUGUAGCGUUCGCUGAGAGUGCCGAUGAGUCUAAACUAGUUGACAAAGCAGCAAAUGAUCCUGCUGACGGAAAAAUGGAUGUUUGUCUUGGACCUAAGAAAAAAAUAUCUGGCACUUUAACAAAUGUUAUAUGCAGUGGUGGGACAGACGGUUACUGUCACGCGAUUGCAAUGGCAACAAAUAAUAUGCGUACUCUUAAUCUACAUUGCGCGAUGUGCCAGGAAAUGUGCCCUUGUAGUGGUAGACGCAAUGGAAGCAAUGGAAGCAAGGAAAGCAAGGGAAGUGUUCUACGAGAAGCCGCUAUAUUUGUACCAAUAUGUCUAGUGCAUUUUACAUACUGGUAUAACACCUUCUUAUAAUUAUUUAUCACUGAGUCUAGAGCUCUCAGUAAAUUGGGGUGCAUAGCUGAAAUGUAAAUAAAUGUAGUUCAAACGGUGCUUAAUCAAUUUUAAA